AUGCAUAUGAACAAGAGGAUCGGCCGUCUCAAGCAAUGGGCUGGAGAGCGGAUGGGCGGAGAAGUGAAGACAUGCCAGUCAGAUGAUUUCAAGGCAAUGGAGACGGAGAUGGGCGUGCGACAUGAAGGCGUCGACCGCAUCCAUAAGUCUAUGACCGCAUACGUCAAAGCCAUCUCCAAGCGCAGCGAGGGCGAUGAUAAGGAAAAGACCCUCCCAAUAGCCCAUUUGGGAGGCAGCAUGGUCAGCCAUGGAGAGGAUUUUGACGCCAACUCCGAGUACGGGCAGUGCCUAACUAUGUUUGGACGAACCGAAGAGCGCAUUGCGCGCAUCCAAGAGGCUUAUAUUGCGCAGGCGACUUCGAGCUGGCUUGAAUCCCUGGAGAGAUCCCUGACCCAGAUGAAAGACUAUCAGCACGCCCGCAAGAAGCUUGACAGUCGACGGCUGGGAUAUGAUACUUCACUCUCCAAGAUGGAGAAGGCGAAGAGGGAGGACUUCCGCGUGGAAGAAGAGCUACGCAGCCAGAAAGUCAAGUAUGAAGAAGCCAAUGACGACGUGCUCCGUCGCAUGCAGGACAUCAAAGAUACCGAAAUGGACAACGUAAUGGAUCUGGGAACCUUCUUGGAAGCUCAGCUGGAAUACCACGAACGCUGCCGUGAGGCGCUUUUGCAACUCCGGAAUGAAUGGCCUGGCGGGUCCGGCCAGGGACUAGCUCCGCCGCGUCGUCCGGCGCGAGCCCGGUCCAACACUGCUCACUCGUACCAGGAGCGGUAUGAGCCUGUUAAGGAGGAGUUGACGAUCGUCACGGAGAGCCGGCCUCCUAUUCGAUCAGGAAGAACCAUCUCGACGCACAUGACUGAAUCUCCCGCAAGAGAUGCCUACCCGGCUAGCAAUAGCUUCUCCCGGCCAGGUCUCAGCCGUACAUCUACCUUUGAAGGCCCAAAUCAGCUGCGUCAAGAACAUUCACCAGUUGCGACUCAAUGGAUUCAGCGGACUACCAGCGACAAUUUGGUCAACCGCCGAAACAGCGUGCUUGGUGGGAGACUUCCCGUUGAUCCCUACGCAGACUCUGAGGCUAGUUCCUAUGGCCGUUCUAGCCCCGACCGUAUCUAUGGUGGGCGAUCGAGCUCUCCCGCUACCUCUCAUGGGAGCGUGGCUUCUCGUCAACCUAGCUCCACUGCCUUGAACAAGAAGGCUCCUCCACCUCCUCCCCCAUCUCGCGCGAAGAAGCCUCCACCUCCCCCACCCAAGCGCUCACUGGUCGCAGCAGCGGACGCGUGA